GAAGACAGCAGCCAGCGCAGACAAUCCUGCGAUUCCAGUGUGGGAUAUUUGAUCCCCAUAUUUAAAAUCUAUGACUAUUGUUGUCUUAAGAACUGGGGAUAAUGGCCAAUAAGAAGAAAGUAAUAGUAACAGGCUUUGAGCCUUUUGGAGAGCAUGCAGUCAACUCCAGCUGGGUGGCAGUGCAGGAACUGGAGCGAUUAGGGCUGGGUGAGGCAGUGGACCUCUAUGUGUGUGAGGUGCCUGUUGAAUACCAGGCUGUUCAGAGCCUACUGCCAUCACUGUGGAGAGAGCACCAGCCACAGUUAGUCGUCCAUGUUGGUGUUUCUGGGUUAGCUACAACAGUCACUCUGGAGCAGUGUGGCCACAACAUGGGUUACAAACGCCUGGAUAACUGCAGCUUCUGCCCAGCCUCCCAGUGUUGCAUGGAGAACGGCCCGGAGUGCAUCAACUCAGUCCUGGACAUGGAUACAGUCUGCAAAAGGGUCAAUGACUCUGACAUCGGGGUGGCUGUGUCGAUAUCGAAAGAUGCUGGAAGGUAUCUGUGCGACUACACCUACUACACGUCUCUGUACCUGGGGCAGGGCCGCUCUGCCUUCAUUCAUGUGCCUCCGCUAGGAAAACCCUACCGCAGCCAGGACCUGGGUAGAGCCCUUCAGGCCGUCGUGCAGGAGAUGCUGAACCUGCUGGAGCUGGAUCGUACUGAGGAGGAGCACAGACAAAACGAGCACUGCGGUCACAAGCAUCAACACCAGCAUGACCACUAAUGACCUCACAACCUGAGAAGACUCAUAGAUCCAGCUGACCAUAACGGACCACUGGCUUGUAGUAAUGUUUUAAUCAAUCUUACUUCUGAAGCACAUUUUGAUUUAGUUGUCUGGCUUAGAAAAUUCACAAACUGUGACUUACAAUGCAGGUACAGUGAUGACUAAACGCCCUGACCAUUAGCAUGAAUUUGACAUUUGUUGUCAAUUUAGCAAUCAAAGAGUCUCAGAUGGGUGCUUUAAAAAAAAAAGUUGUAUCUUAAAACUGUUGCAUGUCUGUUCUGGGCACAACACCCUGACUACAGCAUCUGUUUACUGUAGUCUGUGUGUGGAAGUGUAGGUCUGAAUGCGUCUGUAAUGUGCAUGAGGCGUUAGCAUCAGCGAGUCUUUAUUAUAUCUGCCUCUGAUCUUCCAUAAGACUGUGAAAGUAGAUGUCAACUCAGCGACAUUUAUGGACAUUAAUGUGAAAAGAGGAUAUUUUUUUUUACCAAUUUAACAUAUAAUCAUCAGUAGUACUAACAAGGUAACAGUUGUAAGUGAAAUGUUGACACACUGUGUGAAUUUUUACAGUUACACUAACCUCUCACCAGUUUCCCAAAUCUUCUUGGUGUGAUUUUGUUAUUGUCUUGGAGAUCCUGUCAUUCCCUUUUAUUGUUUGCAUUUGCACCAGACGAAUGUGAUGACUUUGAAAUGAUGGAAAUCUGAAGAAAUUUAAAGAUUUGCGCUUACAAUUGUUUGUUUAUCUCAGGGAAUAUAUUGCACAUGCAAUCAUUACUUGCAAUUUGAUUAAUUUGAUGUGUCUGUCUAGUGUAUGUAGUGCAGCUUUGCCACACAAAGCCAGCUUAAAUUUGUGUGUAAUUAAAACACUUCACUUA